UCCCGCUUUAUAUAAAUUCCAACAUUUUCCCCAAAAACAUUUUCAGAUGUCUUAAAAUCAUCUCAUUCUCCGGCCAAAAAAUCCACAACGAAACGAUCGGCGACCUAGGGUUCCACCGCCAGCAAUGGCCAACGUCGCAACUCGUAGACCGAUGACACCGGCCUCCAACUCUCUUUUCUUUUCCGGCAACAUCGACACCGCCAGCUCUUUGACCGCCACCGGUGCAGUCAAACGAAAGACGCCGUCUGAGUUGAGAGGUGAGCAGUUGAAGCGCACGAAAGUUGUUGAGCGAAUGGACGAAUCUCCAGCAUCGGACCUCGGUUCCAUACGAAAUACUAAUGGAGUAACAUCUGUUAUAAAACCUGUUUUACCAAAAAAUCCCAGAUACAUUGACACUCGUGUGGAUGAACUGUUUCCCAGUAGGAAAAACAGCAUGAGGCUUAAAAUGCUAUCUGUGAAAGAAAAUGCUAAGGAAAACAUUAAUGCUGAUCAUACUGAUGGUUUAAGUAACUCUUCUUUUUCUGUAAAGCUUGCUUCUGAUAGGCAACCACAGUGUUCUGGUGCAAAUGAUACACGUGCUUCAACUUCAACUGCACAAUCUCACAUCACGGGAAAAAAAUGUAGCGUAAGCACAUUUCGUAGUGUUAUGGAGCUAUCAACAGGGGGUGAUAAAUCAUCUGGCUUUUCUAUUAAUAUGGAUGACGCCUUUAAAGGACUUGCAGCUCGUCCACCUCUUAAUGUCUCAAAAUCAUCCACUGAAUCUUUUGAUGGAAAAACAAAUUCCACAUCAUCAAAUUUUUGCUCAGAGUUUAAUAUUUCUGGCCAUAAAAUUCCACUGGAUUUCACAUUGAAAACUAGCAUGCGUGUGGUUGCCUCAUCGUCGGUUAAUUGGUUUCACCGUUUGAUGAGCCGUGGCACAUUUAACGGGUCAACUGCCCAAAUUUCCAAUACAAAAGCUUUGUAUUCUUGGGUGUACCCACAGAGUUCGUUACCUCCGUCAGUCAUAUCUGCGUUAACUUUAUCUUCAAAAGUGGAAGGUCAAAUGGAUUUUUUGACCAAGCGUCAACUGGCAUGGGAGACCUCAUUUCGUAGCCUGUACGUCAUGUUGCGGAAGAACAUUUGUAAAUUAUUUUAUGUCUGUACAGGACAGUUUGUGGCAAUGUUCACCAACGGCAACGGUACAACAGGAAGUAAGUCUGUAUGCAAUGCUUAUGUAUCCCAAUCAACAAGAAGCUUAAGGUCACUGUUAAAAGAACAAGAUAUAUCUUUUUCUAUGCCGCUGUGCCAUUCUGAAGUAGAACAAGUAACUACAGAAGACCUCGUUGAGCUCUCAGAGAUUGAAAAGCAUAAUCUGGGAAAGACUAGGCGCACGGUUUCUUUAUCUGAUGUGGAUAAUAGCCCGGAAUCUUUAUUGGUGUUUAGUGACAAUAACGUACACGGGUUAUAUGACUUUUUGCUUAAUUAUAGGUUUUUGUUACCAUCUCUGAAUACUCUAGACGUUCCUUUACUUUAUUCAUCAGUACCGUUUGAAAAUGCUGCUGUUUCUGCACCAGAGGUCAAAUGUAAAGAGGUGAGGAGAAUUGACCAGACGUCUGCUCUAACUACAAGUGAACCUGACCAUGGUUCAACUUCUACAUCCCACACUAUUGAAAUCAAGGGUACUUAUCUUCCUCCAUGGAUAAUCACCAGUGUGUGUGAUGCAAUAAGGUCCAAUGGUGAUAAUAGCUUUGAAGCAAGUUUUGUGUUGGAGCCGAUUUCAGUUGGUUUGAACGUUGGGCUUGAUGUGGUUAGCCACAAGCCUGAAGGGUUGUGUGAACCGAGUUGCCCAUUUGGUGUUAGCGACACUGUUGUUUCUCAUCACCUGAGCCAUGGCUUUCUAAAAGGCUUAAAAUAUUCCGACGAUUCUUACACUGUUUUUCUCUCACCAGUUUGAAGUUAUUUUGUUGCAAAAAUGUUGUGUUCAUGUUUUGCUUAAACCUAGACUUGUAACCAACAUUGCAAUCGGGUUAAACAUUUCCCACUUUUGGUGCAAAAAUGUUGUGUUCAAAUUGUAACCAACAUUGCAAUUGGGUUAUAAACAUUUCCCACUUUUGGUUCCAAAA